GAUGACUACUUCGACGAGGGACGCCUGGCCCCACCUGAGGACUACCCGCCCCUGCCGCGAGCUCCUCCUUUUGCACCACCAGGGGCAGAGGCGGUUCCGGGUCCCAACGAAGAGUUCGAAGCGGAGCGCAUGCCGUACGAGACCAUGCAGGUUGACCACCCUGUGGAUCCCGUGCAGCUCACAUCCUAUGACAACGACUGGCUCGUGGAGCAUCUGACACCCAGGCUACGGGACUUUAUCAUUUCCCGAUUCCAGCCGGAUCUCAUCACCGAGCCUAAAUUCGUUGCUUCCAUCGGCAAGUACGUCAGCGCGAAGUAUCUGCAGACAUCCGGGAGCUUCGUCUCG